AUGGCCUUCCUGCAGGCUCUUCGCCGGUCUAUCAAGGGCGACAAGGAGAAACAACACAGCAUCUCCAUCACCCCCAAGGCUGCUGUCGCCAUCGUUCCGCCCAAGAAGGUCAUCCGAGCGCUCUACGACUACGAGGCCCGCUCCGCUCAGGAGCUCAGCUUCUCCAAAGGCGACUUCUUCCACGUCAUCGGCCGCGAGGACGAUCCCGACUGGUACGAAGCCUGCAACCCUGCGCUGCCCGACGCGCGAGGACUCGUGCCCGUAGCCUACUUCCAAGCCCUGGGCAAGACCGAGCGCGACAGCCACACGUCCGACGGUCGCCCGUCCACCGCCAACAAGAACCCUGACCACGACUCUGGCUACGGCGAGGUCAACUCCGCCAUGCAGUCCCCGGGCUCGUCCGCGUCGGCGGGCCAGCGCAUGUCCAAGUCCGCCAAGCAGGGCGCCAUGGUCUACGGCGUCGUCAUGUACGACUUCAACGCGGAGCGCUCCGACGAGCUCGAGGCCAAGGCCGGCGAGGCCAUCAUCGUCAUUGCCCAGUCCAACCCGGAGUGGUUCGUCGCCAAGCCCAUUGGCCGGCUCGGCGGCCCCGGCCUGAUUCCCGUGUCCUUUAUUGAGCUCCGUGAUAUGGGCACGGGCAAGGCCAUUGAGAAUCCCGGAGAGGCCAUCCGGAAGGCGGGCGUGCCCAAGGUGGAGGAGUGGAAGAAGAUGGCCACUGCCUACAAGAACAGCAGCAUUACCCUGGGCAAGUUUGAGGGCGGAGGACCAUCCCAGCCGAUUGAGCAGGGCAUGGAGCGCCUGAGCAUCCAGAAUGCCCCUCAGGUGAGUUGCGCUUCCAUCACUUGUUCCCAUUUCCUCUCCAUCUGCGUUAACGACCCCCAACAGCCCCUAGCCCCCAGCGGCCCCCCUCAGCCUGCUGCCCAACCCCAGCAGACCGAGUUUGUUUCCAGCGCGACGACGGAACUCUACGCCCCCAUCUCUGCCCGAAUACCCCGUUACUGCUUUGCAGAAGACAAAUAUUGGUUUGUUAUCGAGACGCAGCUCGAAGAUGGGCGGCACUGGGAGCUGUCCCGGUACUACGAGGACUUUUACGACUUCCAGAUUGCCCUUCUCACCGAGUUCCCUGCCGAGGCAGGCAACACUGGAACCCAGAAGCGAACCCUCCCCUACAUGCCCGGCCCCGUGAGCUACGUGACAGAUGCCAUCACCGAGGGAAGGCUGCAUAACCUUGACGCAUACGUCAAGAACCUGCUGAACCAGCCCCCCUACAUCUCCCGAUGCACGCUUGUCAAGCAGUUCUUCGCCCCUCGAGAAGGCGAUUAUGAGAUGGACCCUGCCACGAUCGAGCAGGAAUACCGGCUGUCCCAGGGCUCUCACGGCUCGUCGUCUGGGUCACAUGCUAACCCCGACUCACUACAGUCAUCGCGAAAUAACCUGAGUGGAAGUGGAUACAACGGUCUCUCGGCUACCCCGAGACAAGUGAGCAAUCCGCAACAAGGACAAGCCUCGGCCGCCAUGAAGAUCAAGAUGUACUACAACGGCGACCUGAUUGCCAUCCGGGUCCCCACCAACAUCCAGUUCCAGCAGCUGUGCGACAAGGUUCGAGAUCGGCUCAAGGUGUCUCCCAACGAGCAGGUUCAGCUGUUUUACAAGGACGAGCAGACGGGAGACAAGCCCAGCCUGACAAGCGAUGCCGACCUAGACUACGCCCUCGAGCGCAACGAGAAGCUGAUGCUGUACGUUGAAGUGGUGUAG